AUGUCUAACCCACAAGAUCAUCCUAGUAGUCCUCCACCACCGUCUACCUCAAAUUCAUCCUCAUCUACUCCACCCAGUACAUCUCCAAAACCUAGUUUGAAAGCUAGCCAAGUGAAAGAAAUCCCAGCUCCAAAGUCUGACUAUAGCUCUGAGUCUGAAUCCUUUCAAUAUGUGACUGAGGGAGAUGGACAUGGGCCUUCUGGCUUUGAAAAGACUCAAGAAUCUCCUUCUGAGAGAGAGGGUGCAUGUGGUGAAGAUGGGGGAAAAGGGAAGGGAGCAGUUCUUGCUAUUUGUGGGGUUGCACAAGAUAGGUUAGAUGAGAGUGGCGUGAAUUCAGGGGGAAGUGGUUCUGGGGAAGCAGCUGAGGGGUUGGUUCAUCUAAGCAAACAAAGAGAUGAACCUGUUUCAUCUACUGAAGAAACCUUGGCUGAUCAACUAAAAAAGGUUGGAGCAACUUAUGACCUAAAGAAACGCAAAGCUACUACAACAAAAACCCCAAAUGUUCCCAAUCCAUCCAAGAAAAGAAAAGCUUCAUCCCCAACAACUACUGCCUUUUAG